AACCCUCCUUCAUUUUCCCUAAAUAUUCAGCCACAUAUAAAUACCUUGCAAACCCUAAAAUCCUAAAGCCCUCUUUACAUUUUCGCUGCUUCCGACUGAGAGGAGAGAGAAAAACUCAGAGAGUAAAAAUGGUGUCUGGUUCAGGAAUCAUGGCGAAGAGGGUAGUCGUCGACGCCCGCCACCAUAUGUUGGGCCGUCUAGCCUCCAUUGUUGCCAAGGAGCUUCUCACUGGCCAGCGAGUUGUGGUGGUUCGUUGUGAAGAGAUCGCUCUUUCCGGUGGUCUAGUUAGGCAGAAGAUGAAGUAUCUUCGCUUUCUCCGCAAGAGGAUGAACACCAAGCCUUCUCACGGCCCCAUUCAUUUCCGCGCCCCUUCAAAGAUCUUCUGGCGUACCGUUAGAGGUAUGAUUCCUCACAAGACCAAGAGAGGAGCUGCUGCAUUAGCAAGGUUGAAGGUGUACGAGGGUGUUCCCCCACCAUACGACAAAAUCAAGAGGGUGGUUGUUCCUGAUGCUCUCAAGGUGUUGAGGCUUCAAAAGGGCCACAAGUACUGCUUGCUCGGCCGUCUAUCCAAGGAAGUCGGGUGGAACCAUUACGACACCAUCAGGGAACUCGAGGAGAAGCGAAAGGAAAGAUCAAAGGUAGUCUACGAGAGGAAGAAGCAGCUCAUCAAAUUGAAGGCGAAGGCUGAGAAGGCUGUGGAGGAGAAGCUUGGAUCUCAGCUAGAAAUUCUUGCCCCAGUCAAGUACUGAUGAUAGGAGUUUUUUGCCCCGGUUUUGUUUAUUCUAGACAAGUAGAGUUUUGUUUUAUGGUCUGCUACUUUGUGCACUCAAGUCAUCAUCUAUGCUAUACUUUUACCCUAGCUUUCGUUUGCAUUGGAAUUAAUUUUAAAAUUUUGUUGGGCCUUUGCGAUGGAUCUACAUAUAUGUGAUUUGCUCAUGGAGUUUUGGCA